AUGCGGAGAGAAGAUGCGAUGGUGACCGGUGAGUCACCGGCUUCGUACGUCGACCCGCCCUCGCGACACAGCGCCGUUAUCGCGCCGACUGCACUCGAGAAAGCCUGCACUUUUUGUCGACGAGUUCCCGCGGAAUUCUUAUUGUGCGAGGCAGAGGAGGCGACCUCCGAUCGGCUCCGUUCCCGAAAGCUCUUUGUGGCGCUUCGAAAGAAGAUUUUUGUUUCUUCAGGUGUCUUACUACACAGGAAUAAUUACCAGGGCACAUAUUAUAAACAGGUACAAAACAUGAAGGAGAUACGAAGCUACGCAAGAGGAUGGUGGAUGUUGCUAAUAGGGGUAAUGCUACUUGCUCACACGCAGGCUGACGCAGGUGUUAGUCUCUUCAAUGCGAAGUUGAAGCAAAUCGUUACCUCUAGCACACUCAAAUGGACAUCUUUGAAGAAAGAAGCCAUGGAAAACCUCGUUAUUGGUGCCAACUCUCCCGAAGGACCAACUUACCUUUGCCGAACACGUCACGAAGGCGACAUGCUCCUUGGUCAAUUAAGGUCCGAUUACAAAUGCGCAGUCGCAGGAUCUAAAAGUUAUGAAAUAUUCGAUGUGCUCGAAAAUAUUGAGAACGCAUCACUGCUGAUAUGGAAGCCAUGGCUCAAAUAUCAUUCCAGGCCUAGUGGCGCUGUUACUAUCGACUCUUCCCUUGACUCAGUUUUCAUUGGUCGAAUGAAAGUAGAUGGUGAGUAUUCACAUUACAUCGGAAAGAUUAACUAUGAAAGCAACAUCGGUCAUUUGAUCACUUUCGAUGACAAGAAUAAUGAAGUUGUAGAAAACAGCGGAGAAAUACUUGUAGAAAUUGAACCAAUCAGUUACAAAAUUGAAAAUGUUCAUAUGGACCCGGAAACUGAACAUAUACGUCAGACCGACCCAGAAGUAUUGGAGGAGCGUAUCUUACGAAACGAUGACGAAACUGCUGCCACGGUCACUACUGAAAUAGAGUAUAAAUAUAAUUAUAGUUUGUCUUGGGGCCAUGGCCACGGAAUUGCCAUUGGCUUGAAUACCACUAUAGUGUUGGGUGAUGGAUCAGUACUCCCUCAGAUUGAAUGGGCAAACCCGUACACCGAAGUAAGAAAGGAACUAUACAAAUUGGAAAAAUACCUUGAGCCUGGAACAGCAUGCAAUGUCACUUUCAGAGGUAACUACACAAAUAAAGAUGUCCAAUACACUGGCAAACUGAUAACCUUCUACAAAGAAAAUGAUUCUCGAUCACGGCCUAUGAGAGGCGAAAGAAUUGAAAACACCGUAGAGGUCGAGGCAAUAUACGGUGAGAUAUACUACGUGGCCAAUAACACAUUAGUACCGACCACGACAACGACUACCACAACAACUACUACUACCACAACUACACUGCCACCGCAGACAGCUCCACCAGCACCGGAAGAGAACGAUAUAGCCAGUCCCAUGAAGAAACCGAAUUCGGCCGAAAUUGAUAGUAAUGAUAUGUUAGGAGAUAGUAGUGAAGGUUUGGUAAAAACCGGUUCAGCCAAGGAGGAUAAUAUAAAUCGGUCUGUAGUUGGUGGCUUGGGCAGUAAACCAAACAAUUUAGCGACCACACAAAUAAUUUGCCUCUUGUUAUUUAUUCCUGUUUUUGCGCUUCUGCUU